GGGGCAAAGCGAAAGCGAAAGCCGACGGAGGGAGAUUGGUAUGGCGCAAGGCUUUCCUGCACUUUUGCCAACACCAUCUUUGUGGACAGCAUUCGCAUCCCCCAUCGGACCCACCUUCUCUAAAACCGCCCCCCAGCUCCCACUCGCAAUCACCGCUUCACCCCGCCGGCGCACCACCAUCAAUUGCACCACGAUUCGUAGUCCGAUUCGUAGUUCCGUGCUGUUAGUCUGAAACUUGGUUUCGUACUGUCGCGAAUGCAAUCCUCGCCGGGAAACUCCGUGAUGUGGUGCUUACUCUAAUCUUGGUUCAGGCAAAGCAUUUGUUGAUGGUGUGCCCACUGCUUUUAACAAACGUAUUAGACUCAAGAAGACCUGGGCCGCAAAAUUUUGGGGAAAGAGGAUUGGAGGGAAAACAAUGUUCCGAGUGAAUUAAAGGGGUGAGCAUGUGUUGGGUUCGAGGGCGAUUGCCCUCUUCCUCGUGCGGAUCAUGUCAAGCCUUUGGAACCUCCAAAGGUUCCUCUCACAGAGUUUCCGCAUCAGGAGUUCGUUUUGGUUUAAACAGGAUCUAAACGAUUUCUAAAGCCGCUUGGAUUUCUCGAUCCCUGUGUAGCGAAGUAGAAGUAAUUCUCACAGUCCACUGUUCCCAAUGAUGAAUUCGGGUUUCACUGCAAUCGGUAAAUAGAUGUGCAAAUCAAGUCAUGACGCCAACAGCUUUCGCUGAGGCACACCUCCGGUCAUUUUCGAGUAAAAAAAUUGACUCGAUGGCCGCUUCAUCCCCUUCCGCCAUGGGAGAGUUCUCAUUUUUCAAGGGGAUAACCUUGUAUGUUGUGAAGAAGUCGUCUCGAAGACAGGGUAUGAGGUGUCGGGUCGUCGUGACAAAUAUUAUGAUUGAGAACACCGGAGGAAGUAGAAACCUGGGAGAUUUGAAGGGUGCCGAAGAAUCAUCAGCUAAGAAGCCACAAUUGGAGUUGAGGAAACCUGCGCCUACGGUGGAUCCCGUUGACACGCCGGUUACGAAACGUGUUCAUCGUGUCGAUGUGCCUGUUAAAGUUGGCUUGAAUGUGCGACCUAAAGUGCAGGUGAGAAAUGUGAGACCCAAAAGGAUUUCUGGUCACAGCAAGAACGUGAGAGCUAAGGUUCCAAGAUUGUUGACCUCGCACAGGGAGGCUCGUCCUAGAUUCUCAAACGCAGUUGCUUGUAGUCCGGAAAUACAAUCUCUAGUUGCUGCUUUGCGGAAGUCAUGGAGACAGUCUCGCAGUAUAGACGAUGUGAUGAAGAAGCACCCCAAACCAUUGUCCCCGUUCGACAUUACAUGUGUGCUAACUGAAUUACAACGGCAGCAUGAUUGGAGAUGCACGUUAGAGGUGUUUUCAUGGUCGAAGAAACAGUCAUGGUACUGUCCCAACUCUCGGCUCUACACGCGCCUCAUUGGCUUUCUUGGGAGAGAGGGUCGGGUUCACAAUGCCACUUUAUUAUUCCAAGAAAUGUUAUUAGAGAAAUGUCAAGCUGAUCAGUACACAUACACCGCUCUGGUUAAUGCUUACGGGAAAGCCAAGAUGUUUGAAGAAGCUCUUGCAGUGUUCAGUCACAUGAAAGAGUCAAAUGAACCCAACUGUCAACCUAAUACUGUGACAUGCAAUGCGCUUAUUGACGCCCUGGUUAAAGGAGGUCUCUACGAUCAAGCUAUACAAGUCUUUUUUGACAUGCGGGAUGGUACCAACGGCCUCGAGCAUGGAUGUGAACCAAAUGUUAUUACGUAUAAUGUUCUCAUUGACGCUCUCUGCAAAGAAGGACUAUUAGAUAUUGGGAUGAAAGUUCUUCAGUAUAUGAGGGAUGGAAACACGGACCAGAGUGUUCAACCAAAUUCAGCCACUUACAAUACCCUUAUUAAUGCUUGUGGAAAAGGAGGGCUUUAUGAGAAAGCUGAGGAGUUGGUGGACUUGAUGGUUGAGCAUGGUGUCCAGCCGGAUCACAUCACGUACACAGCCCUCAUUGAUGCAUAUGGGAAGGCUGGUCUUUGGGAGAAUGCUGAAAAUACAUUUAAAGGUAUGAAAGGGACUAAUGUAUCCGUUGACGUAAUGGCGUACACGGCCAUGAUUGAUGCAUAUGGCCGAGAGGGCUUGUACCAAAAAGCUGAGGAGAUGUUCAAAAUGAUGCAGCAUUCUGGUUUAAGACCCAAUCAGGUCACAUACUUGUCACUGAUGGAGGCUUAUGGAAAGGCCGGCUUGCCAGAAGAGUCCAGAAAUGUAUUCAACAUCAUGCGGGAGUCCGGUUACGAAGGUAAUGUUUUGAUAUACAGUUCUCUCAUCGAUGCCUAUGGAAAGGCUGGGAAUUACUUGGAAGCUGCUAGAAUGCUCGAUAUGAUGAGACGAGCAGGCUGUCAACCAAAUCUCAUAACGUACUCCGCUAUUUUGUCUUCCUGCUGCAAAUCCAACUGUUGGGUAGAGGCGCAAGUGCUUCUACGAAGGUUGCAGGUAUCAGAAUCUGAAAUGGAAAGAACUCUGUUCAUGCUGAUUAAUGGAUGCGAAAUUAAUGACAAGCUUUGGGAAGACGUGGCAAACAUGUUUAACGGCUUAACCAGGCAGCCUAAGGCGGCACAACUUUCAUUCUACAACUCUCUUUUGGAUACUCUGUGGACUAGGGGGUUUGGAGAACGAGCCUGUCGUGUCCUUCGACAUGCGAAAGAGAAACAAGUGUACGAUGAUUCGUUUUAUAUCUUCAGUAAAUCGGAAUGGUGCCUUGACCUUCACAGAUUAUCGGUUGGAGGAGCUAUUACCAUGUUAACAGUCUGGCUUGGAGAACUUCAUCAUGCAUUGGUUUGGGGCGAAGACGCUCCCGAGAGUGUAGUCAUUGUUACAGGAAAAGGUUCUCAUUCCAAGUCUAAGAGCUCAGUCUUAAAGACACCUGUUGAUUUGCAACUAGCGCAGCUUUGUUCGCCCUUCACAGAUGUCGUUGGUAAUUGCGGUCGUGUCUCUGCAUCUGGGGACGACGUGCAAAAUUGGCUUCUAUCACCUUGCACAUCACAACGCCUGAGAUUAGUCGAUGUGGAAUACUGCGACAAUAAAGUUGUGUCGUCACGCAGAACCUCUUAAAGAAUGUGCUGCUGUACGGUUAUUGUGAAGACUCCAGGGCCUACGCCUGUUUAAGGCGUACUGCGAAGGACAUUACUUGAUCAUGGGCUAAUAGCUGUUACCCUGCUGAAGUUACAUUUUUUGCAUGAGUCUAAUGACGCAUAUUUAGGCACUCCUGGUUUCUGAAUGUAGAAUUUAUAUCGCUGUUGUUUUAUUACAUGUACGAGGAGAAUUUGUACAUUACCCAAUUCAUUUGUACAAUAUAGGAACCUUUUCGGUAUUUGGUAAGCAGGUAUUGAACGUAGAUGUACAAAGUGCAUAAUUUGAAGGUAGUACGUCAGUACAAUCUGUAUUACCAAGAACUGUUUCGCAACGCCGAUGGGAGCUUAGGAUGUACUGUGCCAUGGCUGGGUCAACCCUUCCAGAGAGUUCAUGAAGAAUUUUAUUGCCUUAACUGGCAGUGGUUUGUACAUUAGUCACAGUUAGAGCAGUAAAUUCAGCACUAUCCUACUCAACUUUUUGGGAAUCCCAA